AUGCAGAAAAAUUAUGAAACUUUGGCAUAUCAAAAUCGAAUGAUACGCAGUUCGUCCAAAGAAAAUUUAUAUCAGGAUGAAUGCGAAAAUACCAUCUUUAAUUUAAAUGAUAUUAAUAAUUCAAAAUUAUGUGAAACAUAUUAUAAUGGCAGUAAUAUUGACGUUAAUAAUGAACAAUUAACUAGUUCGCAAAUAUACCAAAACAAUAAUCAUCAUAGAAUAAAUCAUAUUAUUAGACGAGAUUCUAGUGACAUUAAAAUGAUUUAUGAUUAUUAUCAAAAGUAUUUGUUGAAAGACAAAGUAUAUGAUCAAUUUUCUUCUACUGUUGAUAGAUAUGGAUUUGUAGAAUUAGAAGACAAUAAACCACGAGAUACAAAAUAUGUGAAAAAAGAUGCAAAACGUUCAGUAAAAUGGGCAUGUUGGUUGUCUCGUAAUAAAUAUGUAAUUCAUUCUGAAAAAUUUGGUAGUUCUUUAUUUGAAUUUCCUUGGAAUUCGAAAUUUAUUAAUAGAAUUAGUAAAGGAAUACCUGAUCCUUGGAGAAAUCCUGUUUGGUAUUUUUUAGUUACCAAGGGAUGUUCUAUAACUGAGUCUGACGAUGAUUUAAUUUUAACUUAUAAAUCAUUAUUAAAAUUACCAUCAUCACAUGAAAGACAAAUUGACUUGGAUAUUCCGAGAACAUUGCAUAAACAUAUAAUGUUUCGUACAAGGUAUGGUUCAGGUCAAAUAGCUUUAUUUAAUAUAUUAAGAGCUUUCGCUAAUUAUGACAAACAAGUCGGUUAUUGCCAAGGAAUGGCUAAUAUCGGUACUAUACUAUUAAUGUAUUAUCCUGAGGAGUAUGCGUUUAUAAUGUUAACAAAAUUAUUUAUAAGAUGUAAUUUACAUAAUUUAUAUAUACCUGGUUUUCCUGCUUUAAUGGAAAGCUUUUAUGUUCAAGAAAAGUUAAUGAAUAUGUAUACUCCUAAAAUAUCAAAUCACUUUUGUUUACUAUAA